AACGACGAGUAGGUACGGUUCUUACGCACUAUUUUUUGCCGCGUCGUCAUGAGUUCAAGCCUUUGAUUCCGGGCGCGCCAGCGCAAGAAAGGAGCAAACCUAUGUACUGCUGGCGCACAGCCGGGGGCUCGAAUCUACCUCUAUCGGGCGCGCAACCCAGAGCGCAUCGGGAGGAGAAACUGCGCCUGCGGUUAUCGCAUAAACCAACGGUUUAAAACAUCCGCUGAAGCGUAACCAAGUCGGAGAACGCUCGAAUUAUAGAUCUGUCCUGCUAAACGCGGGCAUCGCCAACUGAGUGUAGCACUACUGAUUGUACUAUGAGAUGGAGGAGGAGGGGGCGGCACGAUGAGGGGGGGAACAAGAGAAGGGGAAGCAAGAGGAUCGAGGGCAGAGAUGAGGAGGAGGAAGAGGAGAAGGAUCAGGCCCUAGGCCCUAGGCACCAGGCCUCGAGGCCGGCCCUCGGCGUGGCAUCACGCGUUGCCCUGGACCUGGUUAUGUUCCAUGCGUGGCCGCGGCCUCAUUGGCGCUCAGCUGCCGCAGACGCGACGGCUGCCAUGCCGCUGCCAGACGGGGAGGAAGACGUGCUGGCCUCGCCGGUGCCGCCCGCGGGCGUGCCGGCCUCGGCGCCGUGGCCGGUCGCGGCCGCGCUGCGCAGCCCUGGCGGCCGCCGCACGCGCUGCGUCGGCGCCGCCGCAGCCCGCUCCAGCGCCGCGCGCCUCGCCUGCUCCAGCGCGGCGCGCCUCGGGUGUGCGCCGAAGUCUACGGGGCUGCCGAAGAGCCAGUCGUCCGAGGGGGGGUUCUGAUCUUGGUUCUCGAGGGUGAAACGGCCAAAGCAGUGGGCGGCUGGUGCUCGUCCGCGCCGCGCGGAGAGCCCAUGCCGACGUGAGAAACUUCACUGCUUCGGUGCCUCGGAAAAAUCGUCCAGAAUCGGCUCGAGCCAGAAUGUCUUGAGACACAACGGGCCUUACACACCGUGCCGUAACGACUUCACGCCACGGGUGACGCGGGCCGUCAGCGAGGCACGCCACAUUGGAAACGAGGGCGCU